AUGCCGCCCGUUCGCUUCAAACUCCCGCAAGAGGUUCGCAUCAAAGUGCCCAUUGGGCGCAUUCCUCCAGCAGUCAGCCAUGAGGUCCGCCUAGGCAAGAGCCUCGUCGCCGUCGCUCCUCACCGAGUGACGGCCGAGCAGCUCGAGGAUGCGCGUCGCAUUCUGAGAAGACACUUGGGGCGGACCAAGGAGGUUCAUGCGAACGUCCACGCGACCUACGCGGUGACGCGGAAACCGGAGGGAACGAAGAUGGGACAGGGAAAAGGCAGCAUCGAUCGCUUCGUCGCGCGCGUGCCUGCAGGCCGCAUCCUAUUUCACAUUCCGCAGGUGAACCCCUUCCAUCCUUUCCCCGAGGUUCAGCCGAACUUUGCCGCGUUCAAAGCAAUCGCGCCUCGCCUGCCGAUGCCGGUCGUCUUCCGCGAACAGAACAACUUCUUUCAGAUGCACUCAGUCAAAGAUCUCAUCGAGAAGCGCAGGACGGAGGAGCGAGAGUUGCGCGAGAAGACCGUGCGUGAGAGGCUAGGCGGCUUCCAGCCCGACAAGGGAGCAGACAACCCCGCGAAGAGGUAG